ACUGGAAUAUCAGUUUUCAUGACGAUUACGUAUACGACCCUACAGAACUUUCUGUCCAUUACUUUUCAUUACGGUCCAUCAGUUAAUAUAACUAAAACUACGAGUAAGAAAUAAAUUAGGAUGGAUCUAGUUUUCCGAACUCGUACUCCGGGGACCGCUGCUGAGGGUGUGAGAGAUCAGUACGCUGAUGGAAAAGCUGCUAAAGCUUGGAAAACGUUCAUAGGAGAUAAAAAACAACGUACUCAAGUUUACAAGGAUUUUCUGGUAGGCUUAUUGCGGGAAAAAGGUUGUAAAAGAGUAUUAGAUGUGGCUUGUGGAACAGGAAUUGACUCAAUUAUGCUAUUGGAAGAAGGAUUCGAUGUUGUGAGUGUUGAUGCUUCGGAUAAAAUGCUCAAAUAUGCCCUCAAAGACCGGUGGAAUCGGAGAAAGGAACCAGCAUUCGAUAAUUGGAUUAUUGAAGAAGCUAACUGGUUGACACUGCCUAAAGAUAUAUCUCAUCUUAUCGGUGAUGGUUUCGACGCGGUUAUCUGUUUAGGCAAUAGCUUUGCUCAUAUUCCAGAUACUUAUGGUGAUCAAAGAGAACAGAAGCAAAUCUUAAGAAAUUUUGAGCAAUGUAUCAAACCUGGUGGUUUUCUUUUCAUUGAUCAUAGGAAUUAUGAUGACAUGAUUAAAUCCGGGACAGCACCUUCUAGAUGCAUCUACUAUAACAGCCCCCAUACAAAAGAUAUUAGAACAUCUGUUUUAUAUGUUUCUGGUAAACCUCAAAUGGUGAUCCUGGAUUACUUCCUUUCUGACGAAAAUAAUGAUGAGCCAGAAAAUCAAAAUGAAUUCCGAUUAUCGUAUUAUCCGCACCAACUUGAUGUAUUUCAAAACAUGUUAUUAGAAAUAUUUGAACAGAAAGAGCACAAAAUUUUUGGGGAUUUUAAACCACUAAAUCAGAUUGAUGUUCCUGCAUUUUUCAUACAUCUUAUUGAAAAAAGGAUGCAGGAUUGAAUAAAUACGCAUAUUUUUUUUAAUAAUAUUGAGACUGAAAAGUCUAAAAAAAAAGUCUCAAGGAUAAUUAUAAAAAUAAUAUUUAGAUUACAUAUUAUAUCUUAUAAAUAAAAAUUUUUUUCAAUGAAA